UAAGUUUCGAUUUAUUAUGACGAUGGCUCUAAAGAAUCUUAUAAUUACAAAAUAACUAAUUUAAUUCCCACCUUUUUGAUUAAGCAGUCGAUAUAUUUUUAUUAUAUCCGUUCCUUGACUCCAAGAAGAUACACGCUUUAUGUAAAAUAAAAACUCGAAAGUUUCAAAGAGUAGGCUCGUAUAUUGGAGGGAAUAAGCGUUCGAAAGAGUUCCCUUCAAUGCUAAAUAGGGUUAUACUUAAACAUAUGUGGUACUCGCACCAAAUAAUAUACCUUUUGAGUUAUUGACUUCUACUCAUUUAAUAAUAACUAAUUCAAAAAUAAACCGGCUGUUACCAUAAACGGCAAACGCCGCUGGAGAUAAUUAUUCUGUGUAACCACGAUUAAAGACCAUUAAUCGUGUAAUUCCACAGAUUCUGUGAUAAUACCUUUAUAAAAUAAAUUAAUUUGAUUGGCUGACCUUUACGCUGCCAUUUUACUUUUAUCAUCAACAUUUUCGUUAGAGAUGUGGUAGAGAUGCAAGAACCUAGUAUAUUUAAGCCUUGGGUGAACCGUUGAUCUAGCCGCCCGGCUAUGUGGAGUGUGAACACUCAACCGGUGAUUACUGAUAAUCGAUUAUCGGUAAUGUCGUAAUUGUAAAAUUUACCUUUUCCAUAUGUAAAAUUGCCAAUUAAGGUUUGGUAUUUACUAUUUACUAAUUGAUCCUUUAAAUUGUAAUGUUUCUUCUUUCUAUGCACUUGAUAGGGAACGUUUAUUCAAAUAUGUGAAUUUUUUAAUUAUUUAAUUAAGUUUAUUAAUUGUUUGUUGCUUAAAACCUAUGCCAAAAGUGUAACGCCUCCUUGUUAAUACACAUAAUAUAGUAUAAUUAAUAUUAUUAGCUAUUAUUCAAGUUUUAAUUUAUACAUUUGAUGAAAAAUAUAUUUUAGAACAUGUCUACUUUGAAUAAAAUAUCAAUUCAAGGCAUUAGGAGUUACCAUCCGGAUGAAAGGCAGACUAUUGAAUUCCAAAAGCCGUUAACUUUGAUUUUGGGUGAAAAUGGUUGUGGAAAAACUACAAUCAUUGAAUGUCUCAAAUAUGCUACAUGUUCCGAUCAACCAAAAAAUACAAAGAAUGGUGGUUUUGUGUGGGAUCCUAAACUCUCAGACCAUGUGACUGUAAAAGGUCAAGUAAAAUUGUACUUUAAUGACACAAAGAAUUCAUCAGUGGUUGUAUCAAAGACUUUAGAAUCUACUCAAAAGCAGAAAGUCACUACCAAAACCUUAGAUCAAACUAUUUCUAUAAAUGGAAAGUCUGCGUCUCAUAAGUGUGCAGAUAUUGAUGAAAUAAUGUGUACAUAUUUAGGAGUUUCUAAACCAAUUUUAAAAGAUGUAAUUUUUUGUCACCAGGAAGAUUCAAAUUGGCCUCUUGACGAAGACAAGAAAUUGAAAGAAAAAUUUGAUUCGAUAUUUGAUGUUGGAAAAUAUGAUAAAUGUAUUGAUCAGAUCCGUAGAGAAAUUAAGACUGUUCAUGAAGACCAAAAAAUAAGUAAAAAUAAUAUUCAAUUCAAAAAGAAAAUUCGAGAUGAAGCGCGUGAUAAAAAGGCUACCUUAGAUGACAGGAAAACGAAAUUGGAGAUUAUACGCAAUGACAUUGCCAAAAUAGAAGAAGAAUGUAUUCCUUUGGAUACUAGAAUUAAAGAAAUUUCUAACUUUGAAAGUCAAUUGUCAAUACAUCAAGGUGGAUUAAAAUGCUUUGAACAACAAUUAAUGUAUAUACAAGAAGCUCAAAUAGGUUUAAAAAAUGAAAUUAAAUCCGAGUUCAAAGGAAAUGAUCAACAGCUCGAAGAAGAAUUAUCUAAUUUCGAUAAUAACUUGAUUCAAAAAGAAAGGGAAAAACAGGAAUUAGAAAAUGAAAAACAGGAAGCAUCAUACAAUGAAAAUAAUCUUCAAGUAAAAAUAAAUAAACAAGAAAUCAAACGAGGACAGUAUUUGAAUGAAGAGAAACAACAUAUGAGUAAUAUACAAAAUCAAAAUCAAAAUCUGACUAAACUAGCUCAAGAUUUGAAUAUUGAUUUAAAUGAUAAAGUAUCAGAAUCUACCCAAACUCAAGUAAUUGAUAAGAUUACAAAUUCUUUAAAGAACAUGAAUAAUGUUCUGGAAUCAACUCAAAAUCAAUACAGGCAAGUUGAGCAUGAGUUACAAUUGCAAAUCGAUGAAACGAGAGAGAGAAAAGCAAAAUUAGAACAUGAAAUCCAUAUGAAAGAAAAGCAAAUUAAAGAAACUGGAGUUGACAUUAAAAAUACCAAAGAAGCCGUUGAAGAAGUAAAACAUUCAGCUAAUAGAUUAGGUGUUUUAAAGAAUGAAAUGGUGGAAAUUGACAAAAAACUAGAAGAGCUAAAUAGAUCAUUGGAUGUAAAUAAUAUUAAAAAAUGCAUCGAAGAAAAGCAUAAUGAAAAAACUAGUUUGGAAGCAAAACAAAAAGAUAUUGAUAAGGAAGUACAAACUUUGCAACUUUUGAGUAUUGAACAAGCAGAACUUAAUACUAUAAGGUCAAAUAAAUCUGGAAUCGAAAAUAAACUUCAGAUACUUAAAAACAAAGUGAAUCAUGUUCUUGUAAACCUACUCGGGUUUAUACCAAAGAGCAACCUAAAAUAUGAAUUCAAUUCGGCUUUGGAAAAAUUGACUAGCACAAUAAAAUCCAACCGAAAAUCUAUUACUGAAAUACAAAAAAAGUUGACGACUUUAGAAGCUAACCACAAGCAUAAAGUAGAGAACAUACGUACAAAACAGAGGAUGCUUUCUGACGAUGAAAAUGCCGCGUAUGAAAUGUGUCAAGGGCAAGAUUAUGAUACAAUUUUAAAAGAAGUCAAUGAAAAAGUAGAAGAGUUGCAAGAUCUCAAAGGUUCUGUAUCAACUUCAGGCCACUUAUUUAAACGGUAUAUAGCAAAACUUCAAGCUGAAAAACCAUGUUGUCCGUUGUGUCAUCGAGGCUUUGGAUCAGUUGAUGAUGUUACUGAACUGAUAAAUGAUCUGAACAUGAGAGUCCAACAAAUUCCUGAUGAGUUGGAUAACACAGUUGGUCAGUUGGAAAUAUAUUUAGAAAAGCAGUCAAAAUUACAACAAAUGAUGCCUGUUUGCACUCGGAUUUCUGUUUUAAAAGAAACUGAAAUACCCAAUCUUAAAAAAGAACUAGAAAGUAUCGAGUUUAAUUUAAAAAAAUGUCGGGAAGAACUCACGGUGGUGUCUGAAAAUAAUGUCAAACUAGAAACUGAUGAAUCUAAUGCUAAAGUUAUUCAAUCGGACAUAACAUUGAUUGAUAAUUAUAUCAAUGAGACUGCUCGUCUAGAAGAAAAAGAACAAUUGUUAGUAGCAAAGAUUAGUAAAUCGGGAUCCAGUAGAAAUCUCCAUGAAGCGUUAUCUGAACAAAGCUCCAUCAGGUCUACAUUGUCUGCUGUUUGUAAAAACAUAGAGAACAACGGUUCGGUGUUAGUUAAAUAUAAUGAAAACUUACACGAGCUUCAACAAAAGAAAAACAUGGUUACAACUGAAGAAUUAAAAAUAAAAAGUAGUGUUCAAGCUGAAAAAGGCUUAAUGGAGAAGUUAAUCGAUCUACAAUCUCUCGAAACGACACUAAACGUUGAGUUAAACGAGGCCAGGAGUGCUCUUGAACCGAUUAAAAGUAAUCUAAUUUUAUAUGCCAGCAAAUUAGAACAAACAAAGAAAAAACACAUUUUACAAAUCGAACAAGAUGGAAAAAAAAUAAAAAUGCUAGAACAAAACUUUGAUAAUAUUAAGCGCUUGCAAAUAUCAAUUGAUGAUUACAAGAAAAACUAUUAUUCACAACGCAUUCAGGAUAUUAAUGACUUGAUGGAAAAACUAAAAAAAGAAAAACAGGAUUACAGCAAUGUUCAGUUGCAAAUUCAGAAAAAAAUAGAUUUUAUUAAAGAGUUUAACACCAAUCAAAAGAUGCAAAAAUUUGAUUUGGAAAACAAUAAAAAGCUUAGGAAUAAAAUGAAAGAAGAAAUUGAAUGUAUAAAUGAAAUACAAAAUUUAAAAACACUUAUUGGAGACACCGACAUAAAUAUUUUAUUAAAAGAAAAGAAAAAAGUGGUACAAAAAAUAGAAAGUUUACACACUCAGAAAAACGUUUCUAGAGGUAGGCAGUUAGAGUUAAAUACUGGUAUAACGAAGAUCAUGAACGAACUAAUGAAUCCUGAUUACAAAGAUGCAGAGAAAAAUUACUUGCACGAAUUGGUACACUUUGAAGUAUUAAAUAAAGUGGAAAAAGAUUUAGAAAAGUAUUGGAGAGCUCUCGAUGCUACUUUGCAAAUGUUUCAUAAAGGUCGCAUGCAAAGUAUCAACGCUAUUAUUAAAGAGUUAUGGGCAAAUAUCUACAAUGGCAAUGACAUAGAUUACAUUGAAAUUAAAACUUCCGAUGACAAUGUCAAACCAAUACAAACCGAAACAACCAAAAGAAGAAUUCACAAUUAUCGAGUUGUACAAUGGAAAAAUGGUACUGAAUUAGACAUGCGCGGCCGAUGUAGUGCUGGUCAAAAGGUUUUAGCAUGUUUGAUUAUAAGAAUGGCUUUAGCCGAAACGUUCAGUAAAAACUGUGGUAUACUUGCUCUGGAUGAACCUACGACAAAUUUAGAUGAACCGAACAUAACAAACUUGGCUGAUUCGUUAUCGCAUAUAGUGGCUCGGCGUAGUUGUCAACGAUCUUUUCAAUUAAUUAUUAUUACACACGAUCCAAAUUUCUUGCGCAAGCUAUCAGCUAGUGACAAGGUUGAUAAAUUCUAUAAUGUAAAAAGAAGUCCCAAGGGUAUGUCAAUUGUACAAGAAAAAGAAAUUGCAUACUUAUCGUAAAACUUGUCAAAGAUAACUUGAUAUUUUUUAUAAAAAAAUGUUUAUUUUGUUUUAUUAUUUAUACCUUUUAAAAGUGAAUUA